CGAAUCGUUUGAUUGGUCAGAACGAUAGGGAGAAAGAUUUCUUUGCUCUGAUUGGACAAUUUAAUGCUACUCAACCCCACGAGUAGGAUUUCCGAACGCAUUCUUUAAUAGCAGAUUGCAGGUGACAUGUGUCUAUCUGUGUUUUUUUACUUCGUGCUUCUUCAUUGAUGCAAAAGGAACUUGUUGACAUACUGACAUAGAGGUUAACGAAACAAAGAUACGAUAAAAUUCGAUUUGAGAUGCAAACUACCAACGAAGAAAUAGAUGAAACCGGCAAGCUGCGAUCAAAUGACAAUAAUACGGUUGAAAAUGUCCGAGUAGAAUUGAGAGAAGCUACUUUGACAAAGAGAAAGCAGAAUCGUACGUCCGCGUGGAGUAAGAAUCGCAAAAACUUGGGGGAAUGUCCAGGGAAUGAACUGUUUUCGAUCGAGUAUGUUAUUGAGAGAGUAAAGCUUCUUAAGAAGAAAAGAAUAACUCUUGAAGAUUAUAGAUAUUUGCCUAAUGCUCUUAUCCAGUCGGAAGAAAAUAUUUAUGCAUUUUUAAGAGUAGAUCAAAGUUUAUCAGGCUUGAUACGUGAUCUGUCUGGCAACAAUUCAACUUUACAAUUAUAUGCAGCCAAUUGCUGCUGUAAUAUUGCUCUUGGAAAUACAAAAGCAUGUACAGCAUUGGGAAAAGCAAUUAUUCCAUAUCUACUUAUCGAACUAGAAAGCUUAAAUUAUAUAUUGCUGGAUGUAUGCAUUUGGACAAUUGGUAAUUUAGUUGCAGGAAGCAAUGUAGCUUUUUCGAUUUUACAUGCACAGCAUUGUUUGAAAUAUUUAAUUUUAUUGUUAUCCAAUUGUGAUGAUUCAAUACUUCCAUCUGUAAUAUAUGCACUUUUACAUUAUGUACACAUGGGUUUUUAUGAGAUAUCAAAAAGUGAUAUGGCACAGCUUGUUCAAGUUAUUAUAAAGCGAAAUUUCUUAUACGAGAAUCCAAAUUUUAUUUGGUUGUUAGCAUUGUUAUCCUCUUCAACAAUAUGCACGACAUAUUUGCACUCUAUUUUGCCACAAAUUGUUGAUCAUCUUUAUCUAUUAUUUUUUGGCUCAGAUGAAAUAGCUCAUGUCAACGAGAUUACAGCAUCUAUACGUAUACUAGGUAACACAUUGUAUAAUUCUUGCGAAGAUAAAACAGAUAUUCUUCUGAGGAACUCGAAAUACUCACAUGAGAACCUGUGUCUUUUAUUGAAUAAAUUAUUAUCACAUCAAUAUAUGCAUAUUAGAAGGGAAACCUUAUGGUUAAUAGGAAAUUUGUACAAUCACAGAUCACCUAGUGUUGGUAAAAAUAUAAGAGAUCUCAUAGCCUUUUUACCAGCACUGAAUCAGGCUUUUCCCUCAGUUGCUAAUUGUGCAUAAGUGAAUGUUAAAAGGAUGUCUUCUUUUUUCGGAAAGGUACAUUAUACAAUACUUUAAAGAAUGAUUUCUAAAGUAUGCAAUGCAAACAUAGAAAAAUAUAUUUACACUUUGAUUAUAUAAUUAUAUAAUUUUAUUAUAAUAAAGAAGACAGCUCCACAGAGAUUAUACUUAUAAGAUAUAAACGCGUUAAUUUAUAAAAUAUGUAACUGUUCUAUAUUGUGUUCACACAUACCUAUAAUGGUUACGAUAUUUACAUAUAAAAUAUAUGUGAAUGUGGCGGAUUUUCAA